AAAUUAUGCAAAUUAGCCACAUUAAUCAAUACACACCGACUGCGUUCUCCUUUACUCAUAUGCUGGUCAAUUGGGACAGCCUAUAUCUUUGCCGUGCCUAGUUACGUAUUAAUGUUGAUUAAGAAUGUUCGCUCAGUCGCGACGCCCAAGUCAAUCGAAUGCCUGCAUUUCUUCAUUUAGCAUCGGUCAAUUUUUCUAGCGAUUUAUAGCUUUGUACUCUACCCUCAUACCGAUACACUUCUCUGUAUAAGGCAAGAAGAGAUUAAUGAGAUUUGCAAGUGUUUAGACAAGCUUAUGCUUAAGAAGCCGGUUUUAGAUCAAAUAUCAACCAAUCGUUAACUCUCUUACUGACGUCACUACAUUUGACCAAUCAGCUCCGGAAUUGAACGGGGCCUGAUAACUUCCUCGAUAUUGAAAAGUGAACGAGUUAAGUGAGGAGGUGGGAGACUCCAGAAAAGAUGUCCGCUAUUAAUACUUCUAGUACAGGUAAAGUUGAAGAUGAAACGACCGAGAAUAAAGAGGAAGCUGGAGGAGAAUGUGACAAAAAACGCAGACAAAGGACUCAUUUCACUUCUCAACAGUUACAUGAGCUGGAAGCAACUUUUUCCAGGAAUAGAUAUCCGGAUAUGGCAACAAGAGAAGAAAUAGCUACAUGGACUCAAUUAUCAGAGCCAAGAAUAAGGGUUUGGUUCAAGAACAGAAGAGCUAAAUGGCGUAAGAAGGAGAGAGGUCUAGAAGCGAUGAAAUCCUUUCGACCACCAGAUCAUUAUGGUUCUGUUGUUCAAUCUAUUAGUGAGCCAUUCUACGCGACUAAUUAUGGAUCAUAUAAUAAUUGGUCGUCAUUUUCUCAUAAGUCUCUUACUCCAUGGACCUUUAAUGCUGCUGAUACAGGAUCGACAGCUACUGCAACGCAAUAUUUUCCAUAUUCAUUAGAUGAAGAUAGUUUUGCCGCAUCCCCGUUAGUCAGAGCUCAAACUCGUGUUAGAUAUCAAGGUACUAGUUCGUUGCCCAUUAAUCCUUUCGUACCUUCUCCCUCAUGUCAGUAUGUACAUUCCUCUUUUGUUUGAAAAAGUAAAAUUUUUUUCUUGAAUAAAACUAUUGAUUGACCUAUAUAUCACGCGUACGCUAUCCGACUAUUACAUCAUCAGCUGUGACCAAAUUCGCAUUUAGCAGCUUAAAGACCCCCAGCAACAAGCCGCCAUUUUUUAACAUCAAAGCCUUACACCUGUGUACAAUCAACGAUGACGUCAUUGGCGCAAUAAUCAAUGUCGUCACUUUGUAAUGGAAUGCUAAUGAUUAAUUACUUAAUAAAAUUACUCAAAUUAAUAUGAAUUCCGUUAACUUUGAUUAUUUUUAUUAAACAACUGUAUGUCUUCGUCAACAUGUAACGAUUUGGUGUCAUAGAUUGAAUCGUAGGCCUUGUUUUACUAUGCAAAUAAUGACCUACAUUUUCCUGUUUUUAAUUCUUAUUCUGUAUUGUACUAUUUAAGAAAAAUAAAGCACUCUAUAAAUCUAAAUUCUGUCUCUUUAAAAAUUUAAUGUUCAUUUAAAAGUUCAUAUUCUCUCAAUACCUGCAUUUUAAUUAAUAAAACAUUAGAAUAUUUGUUACCUUCCGAAAUAUAAACCAAAAUAUUAUCGUACAGAGGUUGGUAUUUUUUUUCAUUGCAUCCUUAAUCCUAAAUGUUUAGAAUAUCCUAUAAAUUCAGCAAAAAAACAGCGUUCAAACGAAUAACACAGUUUCACAAGAAAACAACAUGGCGACCUAGCCAGACAUAUACAGAUUAAAUGCAAUCGAGACGUCUAGACACAUGUAUAUAACAUGCAAUUUUCAAUACGACGGAGUUGUUUCUUUGUCACAAAAUUCACUUUUCUCCAGAAAAGCCUCGAUCUAGCAUGACUUCUUGCCAAUAAUUCCUGAAAUGUUUCACGAAUUAAAUUUUUAGUAGGUCAGCGUUGUUUGAAUAUGGCUGACUUGCUCUAUUGAUGUAUAAAUCUUCAGUAUUAAGGAUAUACGUAGGUAAUUUUGAAAUUGUUUUGGCGUUUUUUAAAUGUUCGUUACUGGAAGAGUCUUGAGAAAAUUACCGUAUAUAAUUAAUAGCUGUACAAGUGCUCCUUUUCGUUCUAUACUAAAAUCGAACUUGUGUAGACGGAUUAUUAAUUAAAAAUGUUGGGUAAAAUUUUAGAAUAAAGACUUUUUCUUUCGUAUUAUUCCGUUAUCAUUAAUAUAUAAAAUAUAAACUGCGUUUGCGCACCUGUCGCCUAAGUAAUAAUCGCCUGUUUAAGAUUUACAUUUAUACGUUAAGUGUGACCUACAUAGACUGAGAGUGUUUAAUGCUUUAUGCGCGUAAAACUGCUAUCAGCAUGAUUCAAGCAGAAUUCACACGUUAUCAUCAAAGACUAGGGG